AUGCAAACAAAAAACAAACGAAAAACCGUACUCGACAAAAUAAAAGGAUCUACCGACUGUGUCACAAAAAGUUGUAUUUAUAACGUCGAUAUGAAUUUGCUGGAUCUAACUGAAACCUGUAAUGGUGAUUCAAUUGAAGACCAUCAAUUGUCUUUAAUGGUGCAGACUGGACUGAGUGACAGAAGUUUAUCAUCGUUAACAGCUGGAUAUUUGCCGCCAACAAAUGCAAUUGUUAUCGACAAAUUGAUAACCGAUUUGAAUCGAAAAGCUGACAACCGAAAUGCAAUUCUGUUAAAUUUGAUCAAUACAGUCAUCAGUUCGUUCAAUCCAGUCACUCGUGCCGACUACCUGUGGUACCUACAGUUCACUGUUACUGUACUGUUGUUGAAGGAUACGCCGACAUCUAUUUUCGCUUUGCAGGGUAACUUGCUAACACUGUGUUUCAAUGCGUCAACUACAAUUUGGGAUUCGAAUCCAGUUAAGUUGGACUAUUUUGCCAGCCAAUUAUAUGACUUGAUCGAAGGCGACAAGAAUCUGUUAUUCGUUACAAAUCAAAUUGAAAAUCGUAGCACGUUCGGUUUGCAUUUAUCGCUGUGCAUGCUGUGGAAGUCAAUAUAUCGAUGUGUGGGCGAAGAGAAAACCAUGUUUCGAUUAUACCCUCCAUCGAAUCUCAUCGAUCUAACGAAGAGAAUCAUUCGAAAGAAACUGGACAAAGAUUUCGAAGUCGUCCUCACCUUCAUACUUUUGCAUUCGAAAAUCGCUUCGCUUAUUUUCCAUCGUAAGCUGCGGUCACCGCAUUACAAAUGUAACGAGGAAUUUUUCGCAUUUGAUUUGAGUCUGAUCAAAACGUUGAAGGAAUUUCUCGAAAAUUUAACAGCAAAAGCGGAAGCGAUGUGGCGAAACGAAAACGAGAAUUUAGAUUAUCUUACGAUGUAUGAAUAUUUGCAAAUCGAUGUCACUGAGUUUGAGGCGCUCAUCCGAAAUUUGCAGAAAUGAACCAAAAUGAUGUACCGUUGUUGUAUCUAUACUGUUAAAGGCGUUAUUUCCUCGUAAGCGAAAUUAUAAAUUUUAAU